UGUAAGGAUCUAGCGCUCUGGGCUCGGAAUAAUGUCGUCAAGGAGAGAGAUCACAUUGUAGCAACCGGUGAUCAGACAAACGAGGAUUCCGCAAAUUUCGGUGACUCAUCAUCGCUGACAAUGAGGGGCUGGGGAGAAAGUUCGAGCCGGCGGGAUGCCACGUGAUAGAAUCUGUUGUCUUCCCCCAUCACUGCGAAAUCCCGACGGCUGUUCAAGAUGUGAGGGCAUUGCUACUAGGACAGAAGGGCUUAUCGAACCGAACUUAUGAUUCAAUUGAAGCUGGGUCCCGGUUAAGCAACGCAACUCCGUUGCAACAUCCAAAAGAUGAAUACAAAGAUGGUGUGUCCAUUGAAUUGUUGAGCUUCAAGUAACAUCUUUGUUAAAGAUUGACACGUUCCAUCGUCAUGCUCGAAAUAGACAAAAAGCUACAAAAACUCGGAAUAGCUUUCAAACAGUUGAGCCAAAUACCUGUUUCUGGUCAGCGCCCACUCAUUAUUUCCCCCGGCUUUCGUAAUAGGGCAAGCAACUUACUGCAACGUUUUUCUCCAGGUCUCAGGCCACAGAAAAUUGGAACUUUUCUAAAGAAGGAGAGCGGAGGGGUACGCGAGCUGCCUAACGCCACAGAACUUCUCGAAAAAAAUCUGGAUUUUCCAGUUCGCCGAUCGGUAUUUGUUAUCCUCAGGUCUUCCCUGAUGAUGUCAAACCGCGACAAUGCUGUAAUCUCGCGUACGACCUUGUACCUCCCGCGUAUGAUCUCGGCUGAUUGCCAAGGUAUCCGGGCUAGCCCCGGCUACUCGGGCAGCCUGCGACCGUGCAAUCACUGGAGAAAUUCUCCUGGAAUACGAGCACGUCUGGAACGGACGACUCUAUUCUCCCCACGUUUAUAUCGAAUGCUGCAAAGUUCGACUGCAAGUGGGUGGCGGUGACCUUUUUCCGUUUUGGUGACGCCGUUGCUCUGAUCCGACUGUCGGCGGCGCCAGAUCAGGCAUUGCUUUUUCCCAUCACUUCCACUGUCUCCC